UAAUUCAUUGAGGCGCAAAAAAAAUGAAAAGUUGGCGCAAAAAGAUUCAACACUUGUUGUCGUAACUCAUUUGUUUCCCGUCUUUUUAUGACAAUAACAAACAAAAAAUAUAUUCAAAAAUACUUGGUUCUCUUUCUCGUGUCGCCAUGGAUUAUUAUUUACACAACAUAUGCGGUCCAAUCUUUCAAAUAUGCAAAAGAAACAAGAAAAGAACAACUCAUGCAGAAAUGGUUUGCCAAGUAUUAUCACAAUAACAUGACAACUCCCAACCAGCUGGCAGAUGAAGGAGAAGGAGGAAAAUACAAGAUAUUGGAUAUCACACAGAUGGAGUUUUAUGGUCAGAAAAAUGGCAAGUAUAAACCAGACCAGAUUAUUUUACAACGAUAUUUUCGCAUUCCUCCCAUUUCCAACCAUAUACAACAAGAGACCGUCGAAUGGCGAAAAACAAGUCAAACGAGACAAUAUUAUUACCGAACACAAGGUACCUUUGUCGAGUUGGGAGCACUCGAUGGACUCUUGUAUAGUAAUACCUUGGCAUUUGAAAAAUUUCUCAACUGGACAGGAGUACUGAUAGAACCUGUACCGUCUAACUACAGAAAACUUCGAUUGAACCGUCCCAAGGUCAAAACCAUUCACAGCGCAGUAUGUGACCAUAUCGGCAAAGUAGAAUUCGUCGGUAACGGUGCAACUGCCGGGUCUACCCAAACUAUGUCUCACAAACAUCGCAAAAAAUUUCAAAACAAAUGGGAUACACUUCAUCAACAUCAAUACAUAGUACCCUGUGAGCCACUUGGCAAUAUCCUUCAACGACUGGGUAUAGAAUAUAUAGACUUUCUUUCCAUCGAUGUCGAAGGAGCUGAAUGGACAGUGCUUAAAAGCAUUUCCUUUUCCAAAAUUAGCAUCGCGGUGAUUCUCGUUGAGCUCGAUGGAACCAAUCCAACCAAGGAUGAACAAUGCAGGCAACUCUUACGACAAUAUGACUAUCAAUACGAUUUUCGAAUAGCUGCAAAUGAAUAUUGGUAUCAUCCCAAAUCUCUGCGGCAUAGUGUGCUCCAAGGCGUUCAUUCCAAUGAAGCUUUUUUCAAUAGUUUUCUGACAUAAAAAUACAUCUAUACGAUUUUUGUGCAGGGAUAGCAACAGUUCUAUCGAUAUUCAUCUAAAAAUGGAGGCCAAUUCUAUCACAAACAGUUCUCUCUCCCUAAUAAACAUAACUAUGCAUAA